GUGCUGAGCUUGCUGUGCCCUUCAGCCCCGCGCGCCGGAGGACCAUUUGCAUGGCAGGUCCAGUUAAAUGAGGAGCCCAGAUUCUCUCUACCUGCCAUGCAAACCAGCGGAGCAGCAGUUAAAGCAGCCUCUCUCCAGAGAUAUGGAAAUCAUCCGCUCUCAGAUUGACUCUCUAGACACUGAGCUGUAAAGCAGAGCUGUGUGUCCGUCCGAGCCGGUCUGAAGAUGCCUCGCUCGUUCCUGGUCAAGAGGAAGCAGUCGGCCUGCGCUGGAUGGCAGUGGAAGGAGCCGGAGCUGGAGCUGGAGCUGGAGCCGGAGCCGGAGCCGGAGCCGGAGCCGGAGCCGGAGCCCUGCUUCAGUCCUCACACAGCGUCUGUCCAGACUCCCAGCGCUGGUCUGGAGUCAGUGUGUGAGCACAAACACACAGCUCUUCCUCAUCCUCAUCCUCAUCCUCCUCCUCCUGCGCUGGCCUCGGCUCCGCUCAACAAGGUGAAGCUCCUGCAGAUCCUCAGGGUCUGGUCCUGGAUCUCCAGGAAGCUCAUGUGUGUCUCGCUCUGCUUCCAGGCGCGUGAAUCCAGCGGCUCGUCAGAGUUCCUGUGCUCCGUGUGUCAUAAAGUGUUUCCUCUGCAGCGCAUGCUGACGCGUCACCUCAAGUGCCACAGUAUGAUCAAGAGACACCCCUGCAGGUUCUGCGGGAAGGGCUUCAACGACACCUUCGACCUGAAGAGACACAUGAGAACACACACCGGUAUCCGUCCGUACCGCUGUGAUCUGUGUGAGAAGGCCUUCACGCAGCGCUGCUCUCUGGAGUCUCACCUGCGGAAGAUCCACGGCAUGCGACAGCAGUACGCUUACCGCCAGCGGCGCUCCAAGAUCUUCGUGUGUGAGGACUGUGGCUUCACCUCCAGCCGACCGGACGAGUACUUCCUCCACGUCAGACAGCAGCACCCGAGCAGCCCGGCCCUGCGCCGUUAUUACCGUAAACACAUGCUGGAGAGCCCCUCGCAGCACCGCAUCGCCCCCUUCAUGCUGUACCCCGCUGCAGGACUCUACAUGUGA